AUGACGGAAAUUCUUGAAAGUGAAAGUCCCCCUACGUUUCAACCACACGAUGGGUCAGGAGCUUUUACAUCUCAACCAUGCAACUCGCAAGGCGAUCUGGGAAUCUCGUUUGGAGCAGAUACAGUUCCUUUGGAAGGUAACUCACCAACCAUUCACAAACAUGAGGCGAAUGCGGAUGUAGUCCUACCGUAUUCUAUUGAGGAGCCAGACGAUGAGCCUACUGAGGCUGCAGGACUGACCACAGACAAACCGGCGAUACGUUUACUUGUUGGGGACAACUCAGAGAUCUGGCAGGGCGAGCUGGUGGACUCGAUGGAGGGGCUCCAGUGCGACUCAGACCAAAGCGCUAGCCGGACGAGGGGGAAGAAAAGAAAGCCUUCCGCGACAGCAACCGGUUCAUCUCGACCAUUCCGACAGUCAUCUUCCGACUCUAUACCCAAUGCUCAGCGUGACGAGUCCAAUGAUGGUCCCAAGAGGAGGCGCCGAAAAGGCAGAUGCGCGAGGGACCAUUUGUCCCCGGGGAUGAUCUGGCAGCACGAUAGCAGCGAAACCACCUCGUCGGGGAGCUACAUUGACGCGGCGUUAGCCAGAACGGGCUGGACCCUAACGUCCACCCGUCAAGCGGCUCAGAAGGCGAAGGAAGCCAUUGCUGCUGCUCCGGAUGUCAAGAGCCGAGGUCCUGCUGGCGCAAAGCGCAAGGAAAUCUCUGACAAGGGCCCUGCACCGAAAAAAGGAAAGAAGGAGGAUGACAAGGUAAAGCCCGAGGAAAAUCAGCAGCCGACGACCGAGGAAGAAGUGAAGACCACAGAAGAACGUGCGGAAGAGCCGGAAAAGCCAGAGUCGAAGUCUGAAGAAGCACCUGAGAAACCUGCCGAAGAAGAACCGCAGAAGAGCGAUGAAGAGCCCGCAGCAGCACCAGCUGAGCCCGCCGACAAAGCUGAGGAUCAACCAAAGCCAGAUGAAAUCCCCGAGGAGAGGCCAGAAAAUGAUGUAGAGAAGCCAGAGGAAAAGAGUGACGAGAAGCGCGAGGCAGAGCCAGAGACAAAGCAAGAGGAGAAACCCGCUCCUGCUGCUGACGGCGCCGAAGCCGGAGUCAAGACGUCCCAGGAGCGGGAGGAGAAGGUCGCAUCAAACGUACUCGAAAAGGGAAUCAUCUAUUUCUUCUACCGACCGCGCGUAAAUGUGACGGACCCGCAAAGCGUUAGCGAUGUUGCCCGGAGCUUCCUGGUGCUGCGACCAACGCCCAUUGGUGCCACAUUGAAUCAACAGCAGGGCUCUGUGGAACCUGGCGCAAAGUGCCGGCUAUUGAUGCUGCCCAAGAAGAAGUUUCCCACCUCUGGUAAAGAACGUGAUAUGGGGUUCGUCGAAAAGGCCGGACAGAGUAUGAAGUCACUCCAAGAGACCUUCAUUGCUGGCGAUACGUACGAAACGUCUACCCGUGGCGAACGAACCGUUCCCGAGGCCAGACCGUUUGCCGAGGGCGUCUACGCUAUCACAUCUACGACUCGGGCGUCUCACUUGGCUUAUGUCUUGACCAUUCCGGAGACCAUCGGAUCCAUCCAGGAGGACUUUGGUUUGCAUUCUCGAGGCAGUUGGGUCAUCCAGUCGAAGAACCCCAAAUACCCUGGCCCAUCCUAUGCUCAGAUCCAAAAGGACCCCGAGUAUCCCGAAAGUGUACGCGAAAAAUUCGGCGACUACCGCUGGGUCCCGUUGCAGCCAGAAUUCAUCGACUACCCCAACGCACAAUUCCUGAUGAUUGGCGAGGCUACCGACGACCUUGGCAAGGCCGCGACAGCCGAAGAGGGCGACAAGCAGGCCAACGAAGCACAGCCCGGCGAGGAACUAGAGAAGUUGGAACAGGAGAAUGAAGAGCGGAUUGAAGCUCUACGUGGCGAUGACACCAUCUAUGAAGAUCUAGGAUUGGAUGCGAAGAACUAUCCCAAAGUGCCGACGACCUGGACUGGUGAAUGAAAGCUCAAAAAGUAGUGACGAAUCUCAAAACAAGUAUUGAAAUGAAACGAAAUGACAUG